AUGCCCGCCCGAGACCCCAUCCACCCUGCUUCUCUUUGCAAGCUCUCCACCCACAGCAAGCCUGUGGUGGACUGUCUCCGUACGCGAGUGCGAUCAGACUUCCUUGCUCGCGUCGCCGACAAGACUGCUUCUGUCAUUCGUAUUGCCCCCUCCACUCCCUCCACAUCUUAUCUCCCCUCCCCUCCUUCCAGCCCUUCCAACACCCGCACAUACUUUGACCUCAACGGCAACGCUGUCGAAUGGUGGCAAGCCCCCAAGACUAGCGUCGACGAUUUGAACGCCGAGUUGCCCGAGCUUCAAGAGUUUAUCCGCGGUUUGGUCGCCCAGAGCAACGUGCAGAUGCCUACUCUGAGCGUCACCCUUGUGUACCUCGAAAGGCUGAAGGAGAAGCUGCCAUCUGUGGCUACUGGCAUGAAGUGCACCCAGCAUCGAGUGUUCCUUGCCGUGCUCAUCUGCGCCGCCAAGUACCUCAACGACUCUUCGCCCAAAAACAUGCACUGGCAAAAGUACGGCCGCUUCUUCUCCCUCGCCGAGGUCAACCUCAUGGAGAAGCAACUCCUCUACCUCCUCGACUACAACCUUGGAGUGGAGGAGACUGAGCUCGCUGAGCACCUUCAGGGUUUCUUACCUUCUCCCCCUGCUCCCCGGGCUGUGGCCCCUACCCCUGCGUCCAUCCCCAGCUCUUCUCGAGUUCCCCUCUCCCCUUCCUCUCCUACACACUCUGCCCACGGCAAGUCUCGCUCUUCCGACUUUCACCGUGCCAGCAUCGCCUCCACUCUCCCCCUCUCCACCGUCAUCCCCCGCCCGGUCGAGCUCCAACGGAGCAACACCGACGAGCACAUUGGCUACCGCCCUACCAUCUCUCGACCCACGCCUGUGCAUGCGCCUCGUUCAUUCGCCCGCCCACCCAGCCCAGGCAGUGCGAGCACCACGUCUUCAAGCGUGCUCUACGCCGACCUGUCGACACCUGCGCUGCGCCGAGACAAUGGGGACUAUGACGACUCUCCUCAGACUGCUACCACACCUGAGGAAGGCAGUCGAUGGAGCGGGUACGGCUACGGUGGUGUGCCCACCGCUAGCAAGUACUCGAGUCGCAGGCCUGCGUACGAGCCUAUCAUUGUGGACUCUAGCGCCUCACCGGUGGCCAGUACUUUCUCGAUGGUGAAGGAGAAGGAGGGUUUGUUGAAGAGAGCAGGAAGGACGUUCAAGUUUAACAAGCGGGUGGUAUAA